CCACCAUGGCGAGGGGACGGCACCAUCAUCACAAGCCAAAGCGUCCGUUUGUACACCAACAAGAGGAACCCGUCUUUGACGAUUUGGCCAUUGCAGCGACCUAUGCUGCGGCGGUCUACACGGCACCGCCCUCAAAAGUAACAGCAACAACCGACAAGAAUGAUGACAAUGCCGAAGAAAUCAAGGAUGACAAUGAAAUUGACCUGAGUGAGGAGGAAAAUUCCAGUGAGGGGAAAACAAAUGAGGAAGAAAAAAUGGAAAAGGAAGGAACGGAAAUGGUCCAAGAAGAAAAUAAAAUGAGAGGACAAGACAAAAAAGACAGUGAUGAUGAUUCUUCUUCUGAUGAUGAUGAUUCUGUUGACAACAAUGGCAAUGCCAAUGACGACGAUGAGGAAGAAGAGCUCAAUGUGGAAAAGGAACGGGCACAAAUUGACAAAAUGAAUGCCAGCAAUGAUGGUGAGGAUGAUGUGGCUAUUUUGAAUUCAGCACCACCCAAGACAGAACAUGAACUGGAUCCCUACAACACUCCAUUGCCAGAACUAGAAGAAAAAUUUCAACUCAGCUUGACCGUCACCACGGAGGAAUUGGUAUACAACAAUUCACAAGACAAAAAUACUACCGCGAACACACAACAGUCACCACACAAUCUAUGCCCCGCAGGAACCAUCAAGAGUCACAUGGUAACCGAACGAACCGUCAUUGUCGAAUGUCCACCACCCGCCAAACAUACUGGACUCAUGACGACGCCUCCUCUCGAUGAAGGAAGUCUGUUGGUGCUGCAAAUUCCAAACGAUACCAAACAAUUACUGCCACUGGGCAAGAUUUUUGAAGUUUUUGGUCCCGUGCGAAGACCACUCUAUUCGGUAAGAAUACCAACACAUAAACAACAAAGCAAAACACACAACAACAACAACAACAAAAAGUCUAAAAAAGAAGAAACCAAUGGGGAAGCAGCGGCAAACAGCGACAAUAUCGCCAAAACUUCUGAUGCAGCAGAAACUGAAACAAGCACUGCUUCUGAUGCCGAACAAGCAUGUAUUCAAAAUGGAGAUUCCAAAAAUAAUAACAGCGACCAUAAAGACGACGAAGCUCCUCCAGUAAAGAAUGACAACAAACCGGCAAGUAACAAUGAAGGGGUUGUGACAACAACAAUAGAAACAGAGCCACUUAUGAAGAAUAGUGCUGGUCAAGAAGCAAAAGAACCCACCACCACGGAGGAGAAGGAAGAGCAGGAACCUGAUCCAUGGUCACAAAAUGGCAAGCACACAUGUCUGCUUCGAGAUCAUCCAGACAUUGUAGUUUACUUUGUCAAAGAUGAUGCCAAAAUGAUUGAUGCAGUGGCCAUACAGCGCAUGAGUGCCAAGGGAUGUGAUGCCUCCAAUGUCUACGAUGAAGAGGUUGUCAAUGUCAAUGAAAUGGCUUUCAGCGAUGACGAAGAAGAGCAGCAGCGAAAGAGCCAGCGCAAACAAGCUAGGAAUAAUGCUGCAGGGAACACCAAUCAUCCACAGGGACAUCAUCCACAGGGGAGGCGGAGAAAUAACAACAACAACCGCCAGUCUAGAAACAACAACUACAAUCCACCAGGACAGAUGGCGCCAAUCCCGGCUGGAUUUCACCAGUAUCAUCAACCGCAUCAUCCUCCAACCAUGCCGUAUCCAACAGCUGCAAGCCAUCCUCCAUACUAUGGAGGUCCUGUUCCACCACCGCCUCCUCCACCACCACCUCCUAGGGGUGCACCACCAGGUGGCAACCACCAACCAUACCAGCCUGCUCCUCCACCGUACGGGGCACAUCCACCAAUGCAGUAUCCACACCAACCGCCUCCACAUUAUCCCCCAACCUACGGUGCUUACCCUUACCCUUCACACCAAAUGCAUCCUCACCCACAAUAUCAUCAGCCGUAUGGCGCUCCCUAUCCUCCACCUCAAGCACCUCCACCACCACCCGGGGCUCCUCCUCAAGGGCAACAACAAUCACCGCCACAACCAAAACAGCAGCCGCACUCAGACACAGUGUACUUUAAAUAAUAAAACAAAUGCUGUGUUGCCCUACCGGUAGUUUGCAUUGUCCUUGUGGGUAUCGGGCCACCUUAGUUU